AGGCGGUGGAUUGAUAUGAGUAGGUGCCAAUAUUAAAACACCACGAAAACUGAAUGAAAGAAAUAUCUGAAAUUAAGCCGUCGUGAAUAUUGAGGAUUGAUGUACUCCGCGGAUAAUAGAUGUAUGAUGUGGACUUGGACUGUUAAGAAAGGACUGAGAAUGAGUUAGUUAAACCGAGCAAAUUCGUGUUUCGUGAUGAUUUUACAGAAAUGCCUUAACCUUCAGAACGUAUAUCUUUGAUAUUUUUCAUUCCUCGCCAAGUUCAAGUAUCGAUGGAGGGGCAUCUUUAUCACCACGUGACUGAUUCUUAUCCGGUCUAGCCACGCGGGGACCCAAGAGAUUUUUCCACUCCACAGACUGAAUGUAUGAUCGUACAAACCAAUAGGUAAUUCCACAUACAUCCAUCAAUCAUGCCGGUAAGUACGACGCUCAAAUGCAUACUUCCCCAAUACCACUGACACUGGUAUCUAUCUGGCAGCUCAUAAUCUUAACGGGUUACCCCACCUCUGGCAAAACCUAUCGGGCCACUCAGCUCCGCGAAUACUUCCUCGCGAAAAUAUCCUCCCUGCCCUCCAAUAGUCCUUCUUCCUCCCUUCGCGUCCACCUCAUUUCAGAUCAUACCCUCGCCAUUCCCCGUGAAGUAUAUAAUCUCGAAUCUAAAUCCCUCAAUGAGCGAUCGAAUAAUGCGAGCGAAAAAGAUGCGCGGGCUACAAUAUAUGCUGCGGUGAAGAGAGUGUUGAGUAAUAAAGAUGUAGUGAUAUUGGAUGGAGGAAACUAUAUCAAAGGCUGGAGAUAUCAAUUAUUUUGCGAGGCAAAGGCUAUGCGGACGGGUUGCUGUGUUAUGCACGUAGGGGUUCCUGCCGAUAAAGCCAAGGAGGUUAAUGAGGCGCGGUUGGAACGAAAGAAUACGUCACAGUCGGAACAAUCUGCGGCAAUCGCCGAGGUUAGAGAGGAGGACAAAGCAUACGAGAAGGAUAAUUGGGAGAAUCUGGUAUUUCGAUAUGAAGAACCGAAUGCGAUGGUUCGUUGGGACUCACCGUUAUUUACAGUUGUGUGGGAAGAUGAAAACGUGCCCGGAGAUGCUAUCUGGGAUGCUAUAAUAGGGGAUGAUUCUGAGGGGAAGAGAAAGAUAGUGAAGCCGAAUGCAGCCACAGUUGCGAAGGUUCAUAGUAGUGAGGGAUUUUUAUAUGAGUUGGAUAAAAUUACCCAGACGGUUCUUAAUCGAAUAUUGGAAUGGAGCAAAGAUCACCCAGGCGAAGGAGGCGGGGAAGUCAGUGUAGGGGAAGACUCGAAAGGAGACGAACUGGUGGUGGAGUUACCUGGAAAUCCGGUAGGAUUACCGGCGUUGCAGCGGUUGAGGAGACAGUUCAUCAGUUUGCAGAGGACCAAUGCGGUGACCGUUGGGAGGAUUAAGGAGACUUUUGUGAGGUAUUUGAAUGAUAGUUUUGAGGCUUAGGAAUUGUGGGCAUUGUUAUGGCGUUCGGGAGGUUAGAAAUGGAUACCCUAGAAUCAAAUUAACUCGCAAAAGUUCUCAUCUUUCCUAACACCU